GCUUGACCCUCCUUCCCCUUCCCAGUCAAUCCCAAACUCUCCCUCCCUCGUCCCCUCCUCUGAGGCGGAGCCAGCCUGUUGACUUCCCCAGUCCCCUUUUAAGCCGGCUGGCUGGGCAGGCAGCCAGUGGCCGAAAGGCAACUCCAGGCGGCAUCAGGAAGCCCCCCGGUCCUUGGUGGGCAGCGGUGGGGCUUCCAGCCUGCGCGGAGGAGACAUGGAGGCCGAGGAAUCAGGGAGUGUGGAAUACGUAGCUGAGGCAGUGACGGGGGAGUGCCCCCCCGUCAACGACAACAUGGAUCCUCGGCCCCUGUUCCAGACCCUGCAUGCGCUGGCGGAGGACAACGUCAACUUCUUCCAGGAGAGCACCAGCGAGACGGGCCGGCGCUUUGUGGCCGCCUUCACCACCAUCCGGGAGCACGCCCGGUGCUUGGAGCCGGUGCUGAGCCACUUCGCCACCAUCUACCACAUCUUUGACCUGGACGAGCACACGCCGGCCAACGGCUACCGGAGCCUGGCGCAGACGGUGCGCUGCUGCCUGGCCCACAUCGUCCACAAGAGCCGGUACGUGGCUACCAACCGGCGCAGCAUCUUCUUCCGCACCAGCCACAACUGCGCCGAGCUGGAGGCCUACUGCACCGCCCUGACGCAGCUGCGAGCCCUCGUCUACCUGGCCCAGCGCCUCCUCACCCAGAACCGGCCUGGCCACCUCUUCAACCACGAGGACCGAGGGCUCUCGGAGCAGUUCCUGCAGGAGUACAUCACCAUGCACAAGGGCUGCUUCUACGGGCGCUGCAUGGGCUUCCAGUACGCUCCCUCGAUCCGGCCUUUCCUGCAGACCAUUGCCAUCGGCCUCGUCUCCUUUGGGGAAAAUUACAAGCGCAAUGUGUCUGGCAUUGGCGUGGCCGCCAGCUCUCUCUUCACCAGCGGGAAGUUUGCUAUUGACCCUGAGCUCCGUGGGACAGAGUUUGAGCGCAUCACUCAGAACCUGGACGUGCACUUUUGGAAGAGUUUCUGGAACCUCACCGAGAUGGAGCUGCUGGCUUCCCUCGCCAGCAUGGCCUCCUCCCAGGUCCGCUUAUCCCGGGCGCUGCUGGUGCCACCACACUCCUUCGACCUGCCUCUGGUUGCUGACCCCCAGCUGACGGUCACCAUCACUCCCCCAGUUGCCCACACCGGACCAGGAGCCGUGCAGAUGAGACUCAUCUCCCACGAGCUGCGGGAGGGACAGGACAGCGAGGAGCUCUGCAACCUCAUGCGCCCCGAGGGCCCCCUCGCCCUGGAACUGCGCUGGAGGACCAAGCCGCUGCCUCGCUCGCCUUACCUGGUGGUGCAUUUCCACGGUGGCGGCUUCGUGGCCCAGACCUCCAAGUCGCAUGAGCCCUACCUGAAAUCCUGGGCUCAGGAACUGGGCGCCCCCAUCCUCUCCAUCGACUACUCGCUGGCGCCGGAGGCUCCCUUUCCUCGGGCCUUGGAAGAGUGUUUCUAUGCCUACUGCUGGGCCAUCAAGAACUGCCACCUGUUGGGUUCCACAGCCCAGACCGUGUGCCUCGCGGGAGACAGCGCUGGCGGAAACCUGUGCAUCACGGUCUCCAUGCGGGCGGCCGCCUUCGGGAUCAAGAUGCCAGACGGGAUCAUGGCGGCGUACCCGGCCACCCUCAUGCAGGUCUCGGCCUCGCCCUCCCGCCUCCUCACCUUGCUCGACCCGCUCCUGCCUCUGAGCGUGCUGUGCAAGUGCCUCAGUGCCUAUGCCGGGAUGGAGCCGGAACAGUGUGAGUCUCCCGCCCUGGAGAAACUGAGCCCCGUGAACAUGGUGCGCCGAGACACCACCAUGCUCUUACGAGACUUGCGCCUGGGAGCCUCCUCCUUGUUUGGUUCCUUGCUGGAGAACACGGGCAAGAUCAACGGGGCUGACGCCCCGACAGAGCCUGUGAGGAAGAGCAUCUCCGAGGUGGGCCUCAAAUCCAAGUCGCUUGCCAGCAGCAAAGAUUCCCGCAAGAGCCAGACCUACCAGAACCUUUCCUGUGCCUCGGAUGCCUCUCCGGCCCCAAGCCCCACCCCGGACCCAGACCCGGACCCUCCAGCGGCCAGCUUCUUCAUGAGCGACGGCGAGCGCGAGGCGGUGCCCCCAAGCUACGAUGGCACCCUGACCUUCCCCGACGGUUUCCAGCCUCUGCGCUCCGACCAGCCGGCCACCUGCAUGCCCCUGGAGCUGUCGCCCAUCGUCAAGAACCCGUUCAUGUCGCCGCUGCUGGCGCCAGACACGAUGCUGAAGGGGCUGCCGCCCAUCCACAUCGUGGCUUGCGCCCUCGACCCCAUGCUGGACGACUCGGUGAUGUUUGCCCGGCGGCUUCGAGCGCUGGGGCAGCCGGUGACUCUGCGGGUGGUGCAGGACCUCCCCCACGGCUUCCUGAGCCUCUCCCAGCUGUGCCGCGAAACGCGCCAGGCCUCUGCCCUAUGCACGGAGCUCAUCCGGGACAUCCUGGUCCCCCCGGAUCCGGCCACGCAGCAGCCCGCGGCCGCUGCCUCCCACCGGAAGCACCGGAAGCUGGAGAGGACCUCCCACAGCACCGGGGCUGCCACCAGCCGAGCCGCCAACCACACCCCCGCCCAGGAGAACAGCACGGCGGCUGCUGAACAGGAGGGGCCAAACGGCGUGGCAGUAGGAAGCGGUGCAACACCCGACGCCCAGGCCGGAACAGCCCAGGAGCACCAGGAGGGCAGCAGGUCCCCCGAAGGCCAGCAAAGUGGGGCCACAGACAGGUCCACACCCGCCUCGGGUCCCGGCCCCUCCGACGGCACGGUGGGCAGGGGGGUGGGGGCCUGAGCCCUCCUGCAUCACUGGAACCGCUCUGUUUGAGGAGGUGUGGCGUGGCUUCGUUUUGCAGUGGAAUUCCCUCUUGGUGCUUUUUUUCUCUCUGCCCACUCCUGCCAUUGAUGGGUUGCGGGAGUCAAAUGUCCUGUUGCUACCAAAACCUGGGGGCCGGUUGCCCCGUAUUCUCCGUUUUUAUACAUGUUGGAGUGUUUUUAACUGCUGUCGAUGGGUCCUGGCAGUCCUGGAGUCUGUGCACCUCCUUCUCGCACACGGCCCCUUCCACAAUCCUGCUCCUUUUUUGCACACCAGCAGCCCCCACCCCACCCCACAUGCCUUUCUAUGCACAGAACACCCCACUGCUGCCCGAGCACCUCCAAGGACGAUCUGUGUUGGGGGUGCGACUUGGCACAGAUGAGCACAAGCAUUGACCUCCCUUCUCCUUCUUGGGAGGAAACG